GAUGAACUCAAAACCAAACAAAAAAAAUCUAAAAAGCCCUACCGCAACACCUUGAAUCCCCCAAAUUCAUAUUAAUCGUAACUUCCAAUUGCAAUUUGGAAGUCCCUUUUGCUCAAAUACUAUUCUGGGCUUCCGAUUUAUGCGCAAACGGAUAAUCUAUGUUGCUUGGAAAGAGAUGGGCAUCGUUUCUCAUAUUUAUGCUGAUUUUUUCCACAUUUUACUCCCAAAUCGCUUCCUCAAAGUCUGACCCUUAUGCUGCUAAGAAGAAGCGGAUGAGCCAAAAAGUCCGCCAGAUGUUUUACCAUGCCUAUGACAACUAUAUGACGUAUGCUUUCCCGCAUGAUGAAUUGAAGCCUCUGACAAAAUCAUUCACGAAUUCUCUAAGUGAGCUUGGAAAUCUGAAGCUUGAACGUCUGCCACAAGAAUAUAAUGGUUCAGCACUCACUCUCAUUGAAUCUCUGUCCAGCCUUGUAAUUCUGGGAAACAAUACCGAGUUUGAGAAGGGAGUUCUUUGGUUAUCUGAGAAUCUUACAUUUGAUGUUGAUGCCAGGAUAAACCUCUUUGAGUGCAACAUAAGAGUACUUGGAGGACUUGUGUCUGCUCAUAUUCUUGCAACUGAUUCUACAAACAGGUUAACUAAAGGAACUUAUUGUAAUCAACUUCUUGUCCUCGCUGAGGAGCUAGGAAGACGUUUUUUACCUGCAUUUGAUACCCCCACUGGACUGCCUUACGCAUGGAUCAACUUGAAGCACGGUGUGAUGGAGAACGAGAUAACAGAAACAAGCACAUCUGGUUGUGGUUCUCUAAUUCUUGAAAUGGGAGCACUGUCACGUUUAACCGGUGACCCAAGAUUUGAGUCUGCUGCUUUACGUGCUCUGCGCAAGUUAUGGAGCAUGAGGAGCUCUUUAAAUCUCAUGGGAACAACACUUGAUGUAGAAACUGGGGAAUGGAUAGAGUUUUCUUCUGGAAUUGGAGCUGGUGUUGAUUCGUUCUACGAGUAUCUAGUUAAAGCUCACAUUUUAUUCGGAAGGGAUGAAUUCUGGAGGAUGUUUCAGCCUGCUUACACUGCUGUGCAAAAAUACUUUCGACAUGGUCCUUGGUACCAUGAAGCUGAUAUGAGGACAGGAAGAGCAACGUACUGGCAACUUACGAGCCUACAAGCAUUUUGGCCUGGCCUUCAGGUUCUUGUUGGGGAUAUCACUGCCGCUAACUCGUCACAUCGCGAAUUUUUCUAUGUAUGGCAGAAGUUUGGAGUAAUACCAGAGAGAUAUCUCCUGGAUCAUCAAAUGCUGCAUCCUACUGAGAAAUACUAUCCCUUACGCCCAGAGUUGGCAGAAUCGACAUUUUACCUGUAUCAAGCAACCAAAGAUCCGUGGUAUCUACAAGUGGGGGAGUCAAUAGUGGAUUCUAUCAAUUUGCACACACGAGUCGAAGGUGGCUUUGCCAGCAUUAGAGAUGUAACAACCAUGGAGCUGGAAGAUCAUCAGCACAGCUUUUUCCUCGCUGAGACGUGCAAAUACCUCUAUCUUCUGUUUGACGAUUCAUUUUUGGUCAACCGAAAUUAUGUAUUUACAACUGAAGGCCACCCACUGCCUAUUUUAAGCUCUUGGCAUGAGAGACUUCCGGAGGCAUAUAUUCCCAGUAAUUGGACAUCAGUUAAGAGCGAGGAGUGCCGAAAACGAGCCAGUGCAAUGUCACAACGGAUAUGUCCAGCAUCGCCAAACUGCAGGCACGACCACGAGCAGCUCGAAAGUGUUUGUCACAUCCCAGACACUCGUGCUGAUUACAGAUGUCUCACUGAUGACGACUGUGGUGUCGAUUCUAUGUCGUGCAGGCGAAGAUCGUGCAGCGUGGCUGGUUACUGCGGUCUGUGGCUCUCGUGAGAGCGCCCCGCAACAAAUUCUUUUGUUUGUGACAGGAAAUAACAGACGCCCGUUUCUGGGAACCACAGGCUUAAACUCACUCACACAAACAUUAGUAGGGAAAAGGAAAAAAGCAAGACUAAACACAUGUAUCUCAAUUCUCACACAUAUUGUAGCAUAUAACUGUAUCAUAUUUAUUUGUAGAUGAUUGUGCUUCAAAAAAGUUAUUGAUUACCAUACA